AUGGAAGGUGUCGGUGGGCAUCAGCACAUGUUUCUGCCGGCUCGAGAGCGUUCUAAGCGAUUGUACAGCACAAUGGCCGAGCCACAGCGAGAACCGAAUGAUCCAUCCUCAUCCUCCCUCUUCAUACCAGAAGACGAGCACUACGAGAACGAACACGCACGUCACAGGCCACGAUUAGCACUACCGGAUAUCAGAAAUUCACCGGCACGGUUUGCGGGUGAUGGGUUGGACUACAGAAGGCCGUUGAUGAGUGGAGUGACGUCGGCAGCGAGGGCGCCCGUGAUCGAUCUUACGGACGAUGAUUUGAUGCAAGAGAGCGAGAGCUCACAGGGCUCUAAUGUCUUGGGUCCAGGCCCCUCAAGAUCUAUAGCAACUGCUACAGCACAAGAUGCAGGGAGAUUGCCGAGGUUCGGGAGGAGGGACAUCAUCAGUCUGGACGACAGCAUGAACGAGGUAUCAGAAGAGGAGACAGAGCCGCAAGGGCGAUCAACGGGCAUCUCAAGCUUCGAGCGUGGGCAGCGAGGUAGUGAACGGCCGAGGGUCUCACAGCUGAGAAGGCCAUAUCGUACACCAUUUCUACGAGACGCACCAGCAAAUCACGACGAAGAUCUCGAGAUAGUCUCCGAGCGCACCUUGUCACGACCACAAACUAUGAGCCGGCACGUCUCGCCACACAACCUCCAGCAAAGAAGUCUGACGCCCUACCCUGGAGACAUAGGAAAUGCAGGCCCUGCCCCAAUCGAUCUUACAGAAGACGACGACGUAGUCUUCAUGCGCGAGAACCCGCGCGAAGGCGGAGGAAUAAAUGGAGUACCACCCGCCACGACAGCAGGCCUAGGCACUAGAAGUGUCCCAGCGGAACGAAAUCCCUUGGCAGGAGUAGCAGAACUGCUGAACGGCACUCAUAGAUUGAUGCAAAGGAUGUACGACUAUCAGGGCCCACCAGACGAGUACUUUAAUCCUCUGCAGGGUGCGCCUAGGCAUCGCGAUCCUCUUAGACGGUAUAGAGUGCCAGUGCCACCACUUCGCGACGUUCCCGUUAGCGGCUUCGUACCUCCUGUCGGGAUGCCUGGGUUGAUGGAUUAUGGCAUGCCGGCUUUCGAUCUAGGUGUGGAGCCGAUUGCACGACCUCCUUCACCGAAGUAUUCUCCACCACCUUCACCCGGUGCGGGCUUCAUCCGAAAUCCUGGCGAGGACGAUGUGGUGGUUUGUCCGAACUGCGGUGAUGAGUUGGCAGUGAGCAAGGACGAUACGAAGUCGCAAGUCUGGGUGGUCACGGCUUGCGGCCACGCUUACUGCGGUACCUGUGCCGUCAAUCGAGCGUUGAGAAAAGGCAAGGGCAAGGCGAAAGUCACGGAUCCGAAGGAGCCGAGGCCAUUUUCGAAGUGUGUGGUUGAUGGAUGUGGGAAGAAGUGUUCGAGCAGUAGGGACAUGGUGCACGUGUUCUUGGGGAGCUAG